AUGAUCGAGUGUCAGCCUUGUACUAAGCACAGAGUUCUGAAACUACUGGACAUCCUGCCGUCCCGCGGUCCUCAAGCUUUUGACGUGUUUCUUCAGUCUCUGGAAGAGUUCCCGUGGGUCCAGGACACUCUGCAGAAGGACCAGGCCAGCACAGCACACAGCUCCACAGAUGUUGUUUAUCUCAGUGACCACAUCCUACGCAAGGUGCCCACAGACCGCGAGCUGUCCCGUGUGGCCUCUCUGCUCGGGGGGCAGUGGGAGACCGUGCUUUUGGACCUAGAGCUCACUGCAGAGGACUUGUACCGGUGCCGUGUGGACCACAGGUCAGAUGUGCAUGGAGCAGCUCUGGAGGGGCUGGUGCACUGGAGACAAGCUCAAGGGAAGAGGGCAACUGUCCAGCGACUUGUGCAGAGUUUGGAAGUAGCAGAUAUUCACCUGUCUAUGCUGCUGGACACCUUUCAGUGA